AAGCACCUGACUCACACGAAGCACCAACAGGCUGUUAAAUACCUGAGGUAGUGCAAACUAUAGAGCAGCUGAUAUCUAGAAGACAACAGAAAGCCUCAGAACACAUAUCUUACUGCUACCCUACUGAAAUUGUGCAGUAAACGGCAAGCAAUAAUUAGAUUUCUUCAGCUUAGUGACUCAAGUUUACUCCAAUUUAACAGUCUCAUCAACUUUUUUUUUAAAUACAACCAUACAGUUCAGCCAUAAAAUACAAUGAAAUAUAUUCCUUACAGCACAUUUCAAACGCAUGAAUAACAAUACCUCGCACAAAAGGCUAUAAGAUACUCAAAUCUACACACAUGUUCACGUGCACACACACAAAAUUGUGUAACCUAUUUUUUUUCCCUUCUUUCAUUCGCUUAUACUAGAGAAUUUUUUGCAUGAUGCUACAUUUCUGGGGUUUGGAAUAAGGAUUUUAGCCUCAUACAUAUCUGGUAAACAUGUUUCCAGUUUCUUAUGCUUAUCUAGGAGGACGUUUUAUUAAGAAAAAAAAAGCCCUGCGCUUGUAUUUUCUUUUUCUGAUGCUCUGUAAAGUACAGUAUUAAAUUGUGUUUCCUUAAACUUGGGCUCACAGUGAUGGUAUUUGGUUUGUUUUUCAGUGCAGUAAGACACAGAGUGUACAUUUACAUUCUGAGGUUGUCUCAUCGGUUGGCACAGUCCAUCCUCACUGGGUUUCACACAGGCACCGCAAGACAAUCAGACCCUCAGCAGCCCUCUCUGGAUGAGCAGCUGUGAGCGAUGACACAGGCUCAGCCUCAUAAUUAACAGGACCUUCAGAGAAAAACCACCAGGAUUUGGGGAUUCACUGGUGCUGAAGUUUGUCUAAAAUAAGACCUACUUGAGCAUGUCCGCCUGUAUGGCUGGCAACUGUAACAAGUGAGGAUUUCAUUCCUUUCUGAUUUGAUCUUAUCUUGUAUCUUAGAUUUUUUUUUAAUCAUGCACUGUAUCAAAAGAAAAAAACAUAGGACACUCUUUUGCGAUAAAGUUGGCAUACAUAAUAGAAAUGAAACUUAAGUACUGUCGCUCAUAACUAGAAGCAUAGCCAAUCCCAGUUAAAACUGUCAUGGAUAAUAGAUCAUGAGCAAUGUGGGGCUGUACCAGAUAUUUAAGUGUUGUUUCAAUCACAGUGAAGGCUGGAAAAAUAAAUUUAAAUCUUAAAUCUGUGCCUUAGAACAUUUUUUUGUUACUAACAUUUUUUUUACAUUCUCAAUUUGCCUGUAAAUGAUUUACUCGUAAAUAAUUGUAAAAAUGAAAUAAGUAUUAUGGUAAUCACUAUAAAUUGGUAGUUUAAUAGGAGGUUCUUAAACAAAAUGUUACAUUUAUAUAAUUAGUUCUUCUCUUAGUUCAUGGCCCCAGAUUUCACCCAACUUCAACAAUCUUUCAAAAUGCCUGGACUUUAUAUCUUAUUAUAAAGAAAUGUGGAAUAGACUAUAGGAUUCUACAACUUUAAAAAAACAUUUUUAGCCUUCGAUGAUAGAUGUUAUCCUUCAUUUAGAUCCUGCAGAAUUUUUUGAUUGCAUUGUUUAAUGUGACUUCAUAAGAAAAGGCUAUCGGCAAACCAUACCAUACUACUGUAUAUAUUUGCACCAUCAUUGACAUUUCUAGGGCUAGUACAAGUGGGGAAAAAAAGCCUCGACUCUGCAGUUUGCGUAAUUCACGUGACUUGUCAGCUGUAUAGUCUGUUGAGCUUGUUUCACGUCUGUUGUUGAGAGAUUAACGGAACUCACACACACACAAUGUCCCGCUAGACCAAACUGACAAGAGACGGGCUCAGUCCUGGUGGUAGAAAUUGUUCAGUCUCUGAUGCACAACUAAAUCCAGCUACUAUGCUGUUCUCACAUCGAACCUUCUGAUCCUUCUGUUCACACUGGAGCUUCACCCUAAAGUUCUCAGGCUUUUCUUCACCUGACUUUCCAGAGAAAAGGGAGCACCUUCUCAAAGUCUCUCCACCCUCCAAUGAAACCUCGCCUUGCUUCCAGGAGCCCCAUCAACCACGCGAAAAAUGAAAAGAAAGUCUGUUGUUGUCGGUGUGGUGGUGCUGUUGCUGGCUGUGCUCUGUAUCUUCCUGGGCAUCUUCUAUGGGCUGGACUCAAGAGCCCCACCAAAAGAAGGCUACUACACCCGUGCUGCUGUGGCUGCAGAUGCAGGCAAAUGCUCCGAGAUCGGGCGAGACAUCCUGAAGAGGAAAGGCUCCGCAGUGGACGCCUCGAUUGCAGCUUUACUGUGCGUGGGACUCAUGAACGCUCACAGCAUGGGCAUAGGAGGAGGGCUCUUCCUCACUAUAUAUGAUGCCUCCACAGGACAAGUAGAGGUUAUCGAUGCCAGGGAGACCGCACCAAGGAAUGCAACAGAAAACAUGUUUGGCAAUAACACACAACUGUCCCAGAAAGGUGGGCUGUCCAUAGCUAUUCCGAGUGAAAUCCGGGGGUACGAACUGGCACACAUGCGCCAUGGCAGGUUGAAAUGGAAAGAGCUGUUCGAGCCCAGCAUUGCCCUGGCACGCAGUGGGUUCCCGGUGGGCAGGGCUCUGGCUGCCGCCAUCAACGAGAACAGGCAGACGAUCGAAGGAGACCCGGCGCUGUGCGAGGUAUUUUGCAACUCGGAGAAAAGCAUCCUGAAGGAAAAUGACACCAUUAAAUUUCCCAGAUUAGCUGACACCUACCAGAAAAUAGCUGAUGAAGGACCUGAUGUUUUUUACAAUGGAUCCCUGGCACAGGACAUUGUAAAGGACAUCCAAUCAGCGGGGGGAAUCAUUACUCUGGAGGAUCUCCGGAAUUACAAGCCUGAGCUGAACCUCGAACCGCUGAAGAUCAAAGUGGGAGAAUACACCAUGUAUGUCCCGAAUGCUCCCUCCAGUGGCCCGGUUCUAGGGCUCAUACUAAACAUACUUGAAGGGUACAACUUCACCAGUGCAAGUGUUUCUACCUCAGAGACGAAAACUCUCACAUAUCAUCGCAUUUUAGAAGCCUUCCGGUUUGCCUACGCCAAGAGGAGCCGACUGGGAGAUCCCCGCUACCUCAAUAUUUCCGACCUCAUCCAGAACAUGACCUCUGAUUACACUGCCACAGCAAUCAGGAAAAAGAUAACAGACAACACCACUCACCCUGUCCCCUAUUACGAACCUGAAUAUUACAAUCCCGACGACCACGGCACGGCACAUCUCUCUGUUAUUGCCGAAGAUGGAAGUGCAGUGUCUGCAACCAGCACCAUUAACCAAUACUUUGGGUCGAAGGUUCGUUCUCUGUCCACUGGCAUAAUCUUCAAUAAUGAGAUGGAUGACUUCAGCUCUCCAUUUAUAAUUAAUGGCUUUGGGGUUCCUCCUUCACCAAAUAACUUCAUUCGACCAGGUAAACGGCCUUUGUCGUCCAUGUGUCCCGCUAUUCUGUUUGACCAAAACAACAAAGUCAAAAUGGUGGUGGGUGCGUCUGGGGGCACAAAAAUCACCACCGCAACCGCACUGGUGAUCCUCAACUCCUUGUUUUUUAACUACGAUGUGAAGAAGGCAGUCACUGAGCCCAGGGCACACAACCAGCUAUGGCCUAAUGUAACGGAAGUGGAGAAGGACUUUGAAAAGAGUAUCCAGGCUGGACUGGAGCAGAAGAACCAUGAGGUGGAGCUGCAGAAGUCCAGAGGGGCAGUGGUCCAGGCCAUUGUGCGCCAAGGAGAAAAGCUGUAUGCAGAAUCAGACUACAGAAAAGGAGGCUCUCCUGCAGGGUACUGAAAAAAUCUCAAAGGUCAUACCAAGCUCCCGCACUGACUGGAUUCCAGUCAUCCUCUGUGUAGGACGUCUGAACUUGGCUCCCAACGUGAGCAAGCAGAACUUUUAAGAAGCUCCCACACUCUGAUCUGUAACAAUCCAACAUAUUUCUGUAUAAGGGAAUUCUUCAAUAUUUAUUUUUGCUUUUGAUUUUAAAGACAGUGACUCCUGAGUAGCGUUGUGAUUUAUGCUUAGACCCUACGUCUGAACGCCCAAACGUAGCCACGGUAAUGUCUUCGCCGUCUAACAUGACAUUACUGUACCCCAUCAGCAGCUGCCUCAGAAUAUACCACCUUCCUAGUAAAGCUAAACGCCACUCUGCAAUUAAGAAUAGAAUUUUACAGGUUACAGUAAAAGUUACAGGUUAUAGACCACAGGCUGAGUCUCUUACUGAGCUGCUUGAGCCAGCCUUUUCUUCCUGAGAAGAAAACGGACCUGUCCAUCCAUAUGUACCUGAGAGGCUGAUAAGAUCUACCUGGAUCAGGUCUCUUGGUACUUUUCUAGCUCUUAUCAAGUGUUUUGUUCAGUUUCAGAACUGAGUGCCUUAUGCAUUUUUAAGUAUCAACCAUUGAAAUUUGCUACAUCUUGAAGCAGACAAACGUCCUCAAAUGAGGGAAACAGACCUUAAUAUUGAGCAAUGAUGUCUCGCUAGUGUUUUCUGGGUACUGUCCUAUUUUUUAGUCAGGCUUUUAAUCUUUUAUAGUACAGUGUGCAUUUAAACCAUACAGCUGCAUUUUUGCAAAGGUUUCUAAAGUAGUGCAAAAAUCAGGGCUCUGUGUAUAAAGUGUACUUUACAUGUGUGCUAUUUUCUCUUUAUUUACAAAUAGACAUUUAUAAAAACUAUAUAUAUGUAAAUAAAGUUUUUAAAACAGCCAUUUAUACAGUACAGUAUAUUUAAUGAUACACAUAAUCAUACUUGAUCAAUAAUGUUUCAUAAUUCUUGUCUUCUGAAUCAGAGCUUUCCAGUGUCAUAUUUUUUUACAGAACUGUCUGAAUGGUUAAUUCAUACCUCAAAUUUGUAAUCAAGCUCAAUUCCUAGCCUUUCCUUGAGAUUUUAGCAUUGUUUUAAUUUCCAAAUAAAGGUCCUGUGUUGCAUUUCUCUUCUCUUCCCAACAGCUCUUAUUGGGAGAAUUUAAACCCUUUCCAUACCUUUGCUACCAUGUUUAUUGAAUCACAUACAGUAUAGAGGAGGUAUUUUGUUCAUAUUUAAACCCUAAUCUUUAUCAUCAAACUAUUUAACAGAUGCAUUAACAGUAUUAAAAAGAUUUCAACAUAUUUUUUACAUACUUCAUCAAUCCAUACUUACGUUUUUGUAAGUUAUAACAAUUCUCAGGAUCAAUGGGAUCCGUUGGGAACAGUGCUGUUUUGUUAAAGGUAAAUAUACAGUAGUUUGAAUGUAUUGGCAUCCAAGGCUUGAAUAAACUCACAAUUCUGACCCAUUUUGUAAAUCAACAGUUUAAUUUUGUAAGUUGCUGAAGGUUAUUUCCCAGGAGUUUGCACUCUCCUUUUGGGAAGCUGCCAGGAGGACUACACCACAACUGUCACGUUCUCAAAUAAUAUGAGGACAUACAAUGUCUUCCUUUAACGGAACACUGGCAUUGCCCAUUGAUUGGACUGUUUUAUAAAACAUCGGAAUUCCCUGGUUCAUCCCUAGACAGGACUUGGCUAUACAGCUGGCCAGUCCGCCACAGAAAGUCAGUUGUUUUCUGUUUCUCCUCCUUGAUUUUCACCAGGCUUCAACACUCAACAAGUUCAAUCACCUCACCAGCGGACACGAGUGCAUCAUGGUCUGUCUGGUAUUCUCAAUUAAUCAAUAAUCCACAAUCCAUACAUGUCGGCAAAAUACAUAUAUGCAUAGGGGGAUAUUUAUUUUGGUGCUCAGUAUACCAUACAGUUCAGCUAUAAAUAAUGUGCAUGUUUAAAAAUGUAUGUGCUUCAAUGGAAUAACCUCGAUUUAACCUCUGCAAGCUUAAGAAGAAGGUACUCUUACGGCACAGCUCUGAAGUAAAAACUGGAACGUUGUUUGGACCCUUUAAUGGUGUGAAGCAUCCUCCUGCACUCAAAGCCUAUCUAGGCUGAGACCUGCAUCCUUCUGGGAAUGGUAACAAACAGAGGAAAUGUCAUCAGGAGGCGACAUAUUCACACCUUUUAGAAUUACACAGAGUGGGAAAUGUUUCACACAAACCAACACUGUUUUCCACAGAGGUGUAGUGGUUUCACACAGACAACUACCUCCGCAUCUGGAUAAAAAAUAAAAACAUCUGAACCGAAUAGCAGUAUCUUUGGCCCCUUGCUCUCCACUUAAACCAUUUUAACUUCUUGUAUUUUUCCUGCCUGUUAACUGCUGUGGUCCCGAUUAUGAGAAUUAAUUUGAAUAUAGGGAUGUGAAGGAUUUAGUCAAAAAGGCAGACUCUUCACAUUAUUAAGCUUCUUUCACUAUGCAUUCAUAAUUAGAGAGAAAUAAACUUUUUUCUUUCAUUGUCUUAGUGAUGCCCUCUACCUCACUGUACUAUUUGUUGGCACAGUUUGUCUGUCAUUGUGUUGUUGUGUUGAGAGUGUGCUGUAAAACAAAUUUACCCAAAUUGGACAAUAAAGCUUGAAUUGAAAUGUUCCAGACAUGACUGUGGCCUUGUCUAUCUCUGCUCUCUCCAGACAUACAGUAUGACCACAUUUAGAAGAGUAUUUCAACAGAUCCAAUUUAGAUAUAGUUCAAGUAGGUAGCUGCAUCAGCAUGCUUAGGCUGCAAAGGAACAGUAAGGGUUUAUUCCAUGCUGAAAAGAGAAGAAAAGAAACACAAUGUUUUCUUCUGGUGUCUCUACAGCCGAAACACUGUGGUUUAUUCCACAGCAUUGAAUAAACCCUUAAUUGUUCCUUUUCAAUUUAGAUAUUGUGAUUUUCACUUGUGUGUGUGGGUAGAAAAACAGUAUUGAGAAAAAUGAACCUGCCCACACAUGCCAAUAUGCAAUAAAUCACAUUUUAUUUUUUAAAAAAGUUUUAUUUCUCCAAGGCAUACAGUAUGUUGAAAAUUGUAAAUGUGGAUGGAACUGCAUUACAUUCAGCUGGAAAAACAUUCCAUUGGACAAGAAGACCGGGAUAACAAAUCAAUGCUUUGAAAGAAGGAGAGCAAAUUAUUGGUUUCUGAGAUAAUGGGAAUUUGUAUUUUUUAUUUCUAUAUCUGGAUAUAUUCUAAGAGUUUAAAAAUAAAAUAAGCAUGGUAUUGAUCAGCCUGACUAUGUCCAAAUGUCAAUCGUAAAUUAUUCAUAUUUCUUGGAGUUGUGAAUUGUCCACCAUAGUUACUCUCUGUAACAUGAAAUGGUACUGUAAAUGUUCUUCAUUUCAUAAUUUGAUGUAAAGGCUGUAAAAUGAAAAUGUGUAAAGACUGGAAGGUUAUUUUAUACCAAAGGUGUGACAGACUGUGCGGGUAAUUAACAUAUUUAGAUCUCCAAAAUAUAUAUAUCCAUCUCCAUCCACACAGAGAUACUGUACUGGCAUUAAGAAAUUCUUACUGUGUCAUUACAAUAGCUUGUGGCAAUCUUGGAGUAACUACUUAUUGAUGAAGAAUAAUGACUGAAAAGAAAUGUGUUUAUAGUAAAAAAAAAAUACAUGUACAGGCUAAAAAACCCGAAGCUUAAAAAAUGUAAAAAACAGAAAUAAAACAUUGGAGAAUAAAAUGUCAUUGUUCUAUGAAAAACGUUAAUUCACAUGAAACUACCGUAAAUGUAAAAAAAUAAAAACUACACGAAUUAAAGAACUACAGUAUACACAAGCAGAAGAUCCGACCCGUUCUGAUGAGCUCUUUAGAUUCCAACUCUAAAGCAUAAAAAUCACAGAUGUAGAGCUUUGCAACAGCUUGCUAAAAGUGGCGGAAUUAGUUCACAUUCUAUAAAUUUGCACACACAACAAAAAGACAAAUUAAUUGGUCCAGACCAACAGACAUGCAGGGAGUGGCUUACACAAUCAAAUAUUUCACAAGUGGCAGACAUAAAAAUACCCAUCCAUAAUGUUCAGAAUGAAACCUUUUCACACACUGCUCAAUCAACACACCACACAACUGACACGUUUUAGACUAAUGUUCAUGCUGCACAGAAAUGGAUACCAGGUAUCAACACUUCCCUACAAUGGCUAAACUUCAAAUUCCCUGACACAACCCAAGACUGAAUAUACUGUACCAUUCCUCUCCAGUAAAUGGCAGUUCACUUUCUUUGUGCAGCUCCAGCAGGUGAGAGGUACUGUAAAACAACUGCAAGGUGAAAUGUUGCCUGGCUACACGCAAGAGUACAAAACUAAAGCAGAUCUUUUCAAGAUGAAACUACUGUAUAAACAACUGCAGGAAUAAAACUACUGAAGGCAGUUACCAGCUGUGCAGAAUGCUACAGCAAUAAUGUAAACUUUGAGAUACUGAUGUUCUAGCAAAAGCCUCCACAGAUGGGAAGAUUGACUGUAGGGAGCAUUGCUAUUGCAUUGCCUUAGAGGCUGUAUAUUCACUCGAUCAAUUAAAGAAUUUAAAGAAUCAUAUAAAAACCUAACUGGCUCAACCAGUGAAGAUGAGUGCAGGUCAAGCUCUGUGAUUGUGGGUUUGAGCCUGGGUUAGGUUUCUAGCUGACAGACUGGAACUCCCCAUGUCACACAGCACAAUUGGCUAUAAGGUGGGAACAGUAGGUCAUGGCUACCUUGGCUCACAGUGACCUCUAUAAGGUACUACGAGUGAGGUAUGCAGUCCUGCUCCAAUCAGCUGGGGCUUUGCUGCCUGCGAUGGGUUAAAAGACUCGAGGGGCUCGAGAGGAAAGGAGUUGGAGGAGUCUGCCCACACUUCCUCCUUCUCCCCCUUCUGUGAUCACGGGGAAAUCAGUGGAGAGCCAAAGAUAUGAAAAACACACAACUGGCUAAUCCAGACUCAUACUGGCGCAACAAAAA